AUAUAAAGUUUUCUCCCCUUGUGGAAGUCAUGAGUCAUAAAUAUAUUCGGGUUUAUGACAUCAUUACCCAAACGUUGACGGUGUCAUGUGGUUGUGAGUUGUAAGGAAGAGGGAUAUAGACACCUUUCGUAUAGUGGCAAGAGCACAGAUAUUUUGUGAGAAACACACAGUAACUUCAAGAUGGCUUCAGGUAUGCCAGACAGGAAUUUUCUCGUGACUGUCUUCCAACAGGUGGACAAAGACCGCAGUGGGGCCAUUGAUGCAAGAGAAUUACAGUCUGCUCUUUCAAAUGGCAAUUUCACACCAUUUAAUCCAGAAACAAUUAAGCUUAUGAUUGGAAUGUUUGACAAAAGAGGGUCUGGAACAAUCAACUUUGAUGAAUUUGGAGCUGUCUGGAAGUAUGUAACAGAUUGGCAGCAGUGCUUUAGAUCAUUUGAUCGAGAUGGUUCUGGCAACAUCAGUAAAGAUGAACUAAAAACUGCUAUUACUACAUUUGGCUACAGGUUUUCAGAGAAGUUCUAUGAUGUCCUCAUGCAACGUUUUGACAGAACUGGAAGAGGUGGAGUGUACUUUGAUGACUUCAUUCAGUGCUGUAUUGUCCUUCAUACGUUGACACCAGAAUUUCGUCAACAUGAUCAGGAGCAGAAAGGAACAGCAGUGUUGUCCUAUGAGCAAUUUAUGUUAAUCAUGGCAAAAAUUGCAUAACUGGAACACUGACGCAGGCCUUUAGCCAAUAUGACCAGGAUCGAGAUGGUGUCAUUACGAUCUCAUAUGAACAGUUUCUUCAUAUGGUGUUUAGCAUCAGGACUUAACACUGCAUAAUGUAAAUCUUUAGGGAAUCAGUCUUUCCAUGUUGAUAAGAAAUUAACUUUACUUAAAAGAGGAUGUGCUAAUGUAAUUCUGAAAUGGACCACAUUCAGAUAUUAAAUGUUAACUUGCAAUGAGGUCUUUUAUUCCUUAUAUUUUUGUAAAUUACAUUCAUUAGGACAACUAUGAUUGACAACCAUGGGUGCCUUCUUCAUAACUGUUGAUUGUUGGUAGCUCUUGUUGGAGUAUUUCUACUAUGCAUUAUACCUUUUUAUGUCUGUAUAUUGAACAUUUCAGUAUAAAGACAUGCUCUACUGUUCUAGCAUAAUUCUCUGGGUUGAUCAAAUUUUAUUAAUAGAUGGCAGUAUUAGUGAUAUAACCCACUGGCACCAGGUACAUACGCUGUCCAUUGUGGUUUUGUUUUACAAAUUUUAUCUAUACAGAUGGCUUCACAAUAGCUUAGGCAGUAAGGAGUCAUUCAUAACUGGUGUUACCUGAUCUAUCACUAUAAACAGUAGCUUUACAAUCAUUAUUUUUAUUAUUAUUAAUAAUAUCACUAUCAUUACUCUGCUGUCGUUGAAAAUAAUAAUAGUAAUAUAAACAAAACAAAGUAAUUCCAAAAAAACAGGGACACAGAUCAAUUGGGAAGGUCAGGUCAACCUAGUAACUAACUCCUUGGUGAUUAAUUCUUCUAGAGCCAUCUGCAUGUAAACAAAAUCAGUAAAAUGAAACCACAAGCCACAGAGGACAGUGCAUGUAAACAAAGACUCUUGGUAUCAGUAGAUUAGGGAUGAAUGUUAUAUACAAAACUUUCUACUAUAUAAUAUCAUGAUCUUUAGAUAAGGACAAAAAUUUAUGUGUAGUUUUAUUUGGUAAAGUUAGCCACAUUAUUUGAUAAAACCUAUUUUAAAUAUUGUAAAUUUCUGUGGUAUGUGAAGUAUUGAAAUUGUUAAGUUUUUGUGUGAUGUACUAUGGAACCAUUUUUUUAUAUGAUUUCCAGAAACUGAACUGCUUCAAAACUAAUAUAAUACUUGGGUAAUGUAUAAUGAGCUAUGCUUAAAUAUAGUGCUUGAAUGGCCAGUAAUUUUGAAACACUACAAGAUGAAUAAGUGCAGCCACCAAUUUCAUCUUUUUUUAAUUGUCUUUUUCUCAACUGUCUUAAAAAAAAGAUAAAGGAUUUGUAAGAAUUUUUUUUUCUGCACAAGGUCCUAUUAUUCUGCAUUUUUUUAUUAAGAACUUGGAUUAGAACUUGAUUCCAUAGUACAUUGUAAAUCAGGUUUAAUAAUAAAUGUCUUCAAAGAUUUAUAUGUGCCUCUUGA